UAGGCAUAAAACAGUUAGACAGCAACAUUUUAACAAGAUACAAUUAAUCAAAACUGAAAAAAACUCACUUAAGUCAGCGUAAUUAACUACAAAAUACCGCUUACAAUUAUGUACUUAGUAACAGAAUAUUAAAAGUGAUCCUGCUUUCGAAUCUAGUACGCAGCCAGACAUAUAAUUUUCUAAUUUUUUUGUAUCAAAUUUAUAACUGCAACUCUUCCAUAAUACUUCAAUUGUAACUACUUUCUGUUUCUUCAUUAAAUCCCCUGAAAAAGCGACGGCUUUUCCGUCCGAAAUAUCGAGAAACGUGAAGUCGCUUUUGUCUUUGUGUUUUGUUAUUACUGUUUAUAUUUUUAAUCUUGGAUAGAACAGCAGGAUUUGGAUGUUGUCAUUUAAUAUAAAAACUUUCAUCAAAUUUUUCAACCAUGAACCUUAAAGCAGAGUUUUUUUCCUCAGACCUUGGGAUCGACAAUUCCUCCAUCAUUCCGAACAGCAGCUUCACAGCCUCUUCGUGGGAAUGUAUGAGCCCUGCUGAGUUUGCAAAAUCCAACCCGAGCCCAAAGUGCCAUGCCGCAUGGUGUGGACAGGGGCCGUUUACAUUUCUUCAGCUCGAAUUAAAUUAUGCUUAUUUUGUCGCGCAAAUAAGAACUAUGGGGUGUAGUCGUGGGCAUUUUGUGGCAUCGUUUUACUUGGAGCACAGCCUCGAUGGCAUUACAUGGGAGAAUUACACUCAAGGGGGAGUGAGACAGGUUAAGAUUUUUGUCAUGAAUGGUUUUGAUGUGAGCUUUGUUUGUAUGCUGUUGUUACUUCUGUUAAUGUUUUGUUUGUUCAUUUUUCCUUUUGCCAGUUUACUUUACUAGAUUACUUGUUAAAUACAAUUCAUCCAUGGAUGAAAGCCUAAAACAUAAGUUUAGCUUGAGUACGACCAGCCGCAUCAGCACAGCCAUUAACAAAUAUUUUACCCACUGCCAGCUUCUACGUUUAAAUCUGGCUUUCUUUUGGUAUUAAAUGUUUGUUAAUUGCGAAUCACCUAAUUUCAGUUUGCGUUCAGCUCCUGGCGAGUCAGUUUUGCAAUAACGUAUUUUGGACCAGCAUUCUCAAACAGUCGGAGCACAGUAGGAAAAAAAAUUGGAAUUCGAUUGUGGUAAUAUUAUCCAUACAUCCGCAAGCGGAUUGGAAUUUCCACUCUUAAUACCUUGGAAUCCAAGUCAUUCAAUCGGUAUUUAACUUGCGAUUGGACCUACAUUUUAUGGUCAAUUGACAGCUGUCAAAACAGGGCACCAACUGACCAGUGUCACAUGACUGUAUCGCAGGCUAGGACGUGCCACUCGUUGAGAUGACGUGUUUUUAAAGUGUUCUGCUGAUCAGUUAUUGGUUUUCUAUUGAUUGCAGGCUCAGUUCCAUUUUUUUCAGGAGGAAUUUAGUUUCUUGUAGCGAACGUUUUAAUACUUGAGAAAGACAGGAAAGGAGACCGUUUUGGCCCUGGCUAAAUCUACAUAAAAUUAUUACAAUUUCAUUUCAGCUACUAUCAAGCAACUGGGAUGCCAGUACAUGGGUUACACAUGAAAUGCUUCCACCAAUUAGAGUGAAGUAUCUGAAACUUAUUCCCCACGAGUGUAACAGCAUCUGCUGUCUCAGGGUGGAAGUGAUUCCGCUUAUAGUUGGUAAGUGCUCACACUUUAUUAAACACUCUAUGACUGGUCUCUCGGAAAACAGUUAAUUUUGCUUCCCGAGAAUCUCACAUUGAGAUUCAAAGGAAACAAAAUUAACUGUUUCUCCUGUCACCCUCUAACGUCAUAGAGUUUAAUUUGACAUGUUGCAUGCUCAGAGAUUUUGGCGGGAAACAGUUGCAUUGUUAGAUGUCAUGUGACCUCGAAGUAACCAAUAAGAUCGCGCGCUGUUAGGAAAAACUUUCCAGCUAUAUAGUCUACAUAUGUGGCGUCUUACAGAGGACGUAAACACACACGAGCAUGAAUUUCGUUUACCCUUUCUCAACUUAAAUGUGUUCCGUGAGAAUUUAAGUACUGGAAAAUUCUUCUGUAUUUGACAAGUCGAGCGUGCUAGAAUAAAGGCUUUUGUUAUUUUAAGGAGAACGUAGGUGUGCGCGAGCAAAAUGACAUGUUUCAUACGACAAAAACAACAAUGUCGUAUGUUCGACAACAACAACAACAACAAUUACAAAGGAAGAUUAGUAAAUAUUGGUCAUUUCUGAACGCAUCUUUUAGCCACGAAUAAUGAAUAUCGCAUUCGGGACAUUUCUUAGUAUUUUUUCUUUUUUUUUACCGUAGAUUCAAGUAACAUAACUAAGCAAAAUUCAUGAUUUUUCUCAAACGCCUUCUCAUGAAAAAUUCGAGGAAUGAGCAGUCUAUUGAGACCAUUCUUAAUUGUCCACUAAGACUAGGCACAAGCUUACGACGCAACGAUUUCUGGGAUCGUGUAGUUGCACGAGCGAGACUUAUGAUUGGUUAAUGGUUACCUUGAAUACCAUCGACCAAUCAGAACUAACGCUUGUCCACCCAAACGGUCCUAAAAAUCACUUCACCCAAAACUAGUACCCAUUUUUCCUAGAUUUUGUGAAGUAGGGAAUUCCCUUUUGUUGCAUUUAUUUUAGAUGAAGACGGCGAACAUGCUGGCUUCAUAAUAUCAUCGGAAGGAAGGCCAUCAAGAGAAGGGUUUUCCCUGCAUUAUCAAUCGAACAUUUUGCAGAACAAGACAUCAUAUCAAUUGGAAUUGAGUACCACAAAGAGGAAGUGGAAAAUGGACAUCAACCGUGAGCCGGUUAUCCCCCGCGGUUGGCGUCACGUCUUCAUAACCUGGGACCCAAUCUGGGGACUAAAAUACUUUGAGAAUGGGAAACUGGUAAAUAAGCAAGAAACGUUUGACAUUAUCAACGUUCAGAACGACCAUCACAAAGUACUUAUUGGCAAGGCGCCAUCGUACAAUCUCAUAUAUAAACAGUAUACUCUUCAAAUGUCGGACCUCGAGGUUUGGUAUAACUUUCUGACCGAGGCAGCAGUGAAAGAGAAGCUAAACUUAGCAGGUAAUUUAUUAAUAAAGUAUUACCACGGAUAGAAACUUUUAAAAUAUAGGAAAGAUGACUCCGUUACCAUUGAAUUAGUCAUUUCAUGAACAAAUGAAACUAGAAAGUAACCAUUAAAUUGCUGAGGUAAUGUCGCUCACGACUCCGUCUGUCACUUGUCUUUGGUCAUUCUUGCUUGUUAUGUUCUGCGUUAUCGUUUUUGAGCAAUUUUGACGCCGAACAGUUCGGUAAGUUAGCCAUUUGUUUGUUUUGGGCUUUGUUUUCUUUCUUUUUAGGUUUGGGAAGGAUUUUUAUUGAGAACUUAGGCAGUUGUGCAAAUAACUUUUAUUAUCAGAACCCACCUACAGCCACGAGAUCGACCUUGUGCAAGUCCGCGUUGGAAUAAGAUUUUUUGAGGCUAGCCUGCGUAGCAGGCGCUAGGAAUAAAUGGGUGCGAGGGAAACAAGCGGAGUGUGUGGGCUUUGGACGUUCAUAAAUAAAGUUGCAGGAAAAAAAUAAGUUCAUAUGAAUCCCUUGCAAUUCGUAUCUACAGGUAAUGAACGGAUGGAUUGUUAAUGGCAGAUCGAUAGAUAGAUGAACAGUCAACAAGUGAAAAACCGAAUGAAUGAUUCAAUGAACAAGUGAAUGAAUGGGAGAGAGGGAGUAAGGAAGGCUGGAAGAAUGAAUGUAGAGAGAGUAAAUGAGCGAAUAAAUAAAUAAAGGAAUAAAUGAAAACAAUAGCUGUAAGGUCGAUCUAACGAUGCUGUGACAAUUGUAGGUGUCUAUCGAAUCGGGAAUCUAGAAAAAACAGAUGCAGGUUAUUUCAAAUGGCAUGUGCAAACAAACUGUACACAGACCAACGAUACGGGACCUUGUCAUGGAAGUGAGUCAACAUCUAACAUACUCAUUAGAUAGAUUUAUUACAUUAGGGAAUUUCUGAGACCAGACUGGUUGGCUCAGGAAGAUUUCUUUCUACAUGGAGGGGCGAACGUACGAAUGGACAAUUCUGUCAGAACCAAACUUUCUUGCCUAUGGUGCUGUGUGCUCGCGCUUGGCGCACGCGAGAGGUGCCCAACUGUAUAGGCCAAAAACCUCUGUUUAAAACCCUGCUAAUAUAAAUGGACAUAAUACUCUCUGGCUUGGCUUAAUACUUCAAUAAAAAAUGAUAUCCCUGUUUAAGACAAGAUCUCUUUAAAAUUGUAAAGAUCCUUUUCACGUGACGUCACGGCGGCUACAUUGUUGAGCAGUGUUGGUCGACCAAAAAGAUCCUCAAAUUGGGAUUAAACGUAAAAACGCCCUUUGGUUCCACGAAAUUCGCAUAGCUGUUGACCACGUGAACGAAAACGAUUUAAAAUUUGUCCAAAAACAGAUUACUGAAAAAAUCAUACUCUAACCAGCAGCACACUGAUAUGUACUGACAGUUUUUUUUCUUUUUUCUCCAUUUUCCAACAAACCUUCUUUUAGAAAUCAAUAACUUCAUUUAUGUCGAGUCGUCAUUUCCACGUGAAAAAGGUGAAAAAGCACGCUUCUUUAGCCGUGUUACAGUGCCUACAAGAAAUUGUUUCUCUUUCUGGUACCAUAUGUACGGGAACACGACAGGGAGACUUAAUGUGUUUUUGCGAAGUAGCAAAGAUAAUGAGGAAGUUCUCCUUUGGCGGCUUGCUGGUUCCAUUGGAAAUAUUUGGAACAAGGCAGAGAUUCCUAUUUACCAUAAUUAUGCAUAUGAGGUAACUAUUAAUUUAUGCCUGGGUUGUAAGUGACGUCAUCAUGGCGGGCGCCAUGUUGAUGAUCAAGAUCAACAUCGUUUCUCGCUGCUGGGAAUUUAACUUUCUUUUCUCUAUUUCUAGAAAAACAAAUGUUUUGUCAUAAAAGAUAUUAUUCAUCGUGAUAUGUGUUUAAAGGGUUUACUUUAUUGUUUGUCUCAUGAUAGUCACUUAUUGAUCGCGACGUUUUAACCGCGUACUACAGGUCUUCAUCUGACCAUAGCGUCGAUUUACUAAUUGGUAGUAAAUAGCGCUAUCGCCUGAUGAAAACUGCACGCAGUCGAAUCAUCGCUUCCAGCAACUAAAAGGGCUGUCGUAAGGCAAACGAUAAAAGAAAUCCCUUAAACAAAUGUAUCAUCUUGACGAUCAACAUGGCCGCUUUGUCGCGUGGUUGCAAACCAAGUCAAGAUUUUUCGUUAUGGCAAACCUCGCUAGUAUAAGGCGUUCGUUAAGGCGUUUUGUUAAAAAAAACAGUUUUGUAGUUUUGUUCAUUCACUGUUUUUGUCACUUUCUUUCCAAGGUUAUUACGGAGGGAGUAGUUGGCGGUUCGCACGGUGAUAUUGCCAUCAGCGACGCUAUUUUAAGCGUUAAUGAGAGCUGCUCCUUUAUGCCGAAAGAAGCUCAAUUAAAUGCUAAUGGUAAGUAGAGAUUUCGCAACUUUGUUAAGACGGCAGCGAAAGUGAAUUUAAGUUCGUUCAUACUUCCUCGCGCUAAAUAAUUAUUGCUAAUCUUGUCAAAUAAAGCCCACGAGUAAUAAUGUCUGAGCGCUACGCACUUGGUCAUUAUUGCUAAGUCGGCCAAGGUACGAAGCUGGUAUCUAAUUUAAUGCGCCUUUUCAUCGUUUUAGAACUGAGGAGGCAGGCAGUUCACCUUUCUGAUCACGGAAGUAUAACAGUACGUCAUUAUAUUUCCACGUCAUUGGCCUACUCUUCCAUUUACUGAAAAUGUUGACGUGCUCUAAGCAAUGGAAAGGUGCGUCAUGUAAAAGUGAGGACCGAGCGCGUAAUCCAUUGUUUGGAAGCAGCCACCAUUGUGCUCACUGAGCCUGAACAACAGAUCAUUAUUUUUUAUGUGCUCUUCUAUUAACUGAAAAUAAUGACCUGUUCAAAACAAUGGAAAGGUGCAUUUGGCAAAUACUAUUACAAUUUCUCUUACUUCAGUUAUCAAAUCAGGAAUGAUAGGGCACAUAAAGAACUAUCGAGUCACGUUGAACGACUGGUUAAUACAAGCCGGAUUCUCUACCUUUCGCCUGGUCCCUUGUUAUCGUGCUGAAGAACAUGAAUGGAGUAGUAAGGCCUUCCAUGAACGCUGUGACAACAAGAGACCAUCAUUCACACUAGUGCGGAAGAACUCUUUCGUUUUCGGGGGAUUUUCCGACCUCAUGUGGAACCAAGGUGAUGUUGAUUUGCAGCCUGAGAAAACAACCGACAUUUUGUUACGUCGCGCAGAAAUUCCGUGCUGAUGACGUGCUACUAACCAGAUCUAGGCAGUGCUUCUGAUUGGCUGAAGCAAAUUUUCAAUCAAAGUCAUCAGUAUGGAAUUUCUGCGCUCGUUUCCCAGACGUCAUUUCGCGGGGAGCCAUUGGUAGCGUCGCGAAAUGUCGGCUGUUUUCUCAAGCUAGCUGAUUCGUUGCCUGCUUAGCACUCGAUUGGAACCGCUCAAUUUGAUUUUCAAUCUGUAGGCGACGUUUAGAAAGGAAUCGAACCUUCGCGAGUCUGUUUGGUUAUUCCUCGUUAGCAUCCUUAACACAUUGAGACAACUUCAGCGAUACCGAAUCAUCCAGUUUGGAUACCCCUAACAGUCCUUUUUCUUGUGUGUUUGCAGGAGCUUCCAGCAUAAACAGUUUGUCAAGCAUGAAAGCUUUCCUUUUCAGUCUACGCAGUUUCUACCUAAACUUGUCAACCACUCGUCUGGAUAUUAAGCCCUUACAUAGACAUCUUGCUGUUACAUUAGAUAGUUAUAACAGGCUCAGCUUCGGGAUAAAUGAUCUGACAGUUAAUUUGGACAAUCGAAGUAUCGUGAGUGAUGUUGGAAAUGUUUACCAAGUUCCUAGUGCCUCUGAACCGGACAAGUUCUUUACGGGAGAGACUCAUUUUCAAGCAGAUGGCUUGGAAGUCCUGGUUCUUGAGGGUGAGCUAUUUCUUGCCUUGUCUUCUUGUUCCCUAACCGCCGCCUGGUUAGCUCAGUUGAGAGAGCGCCGGUCUGCUGAGCGGGAGGUCACGGGUUCGAUCCCCGGCCGGGCCAACACUCAGGGUCUUUAAAUAAGUGAGAAGAAAGUGCUGCCUUUGUAAUGACAUCUGCAAACGGUUAGACUUUCUAGUCUUCUCGGAUAAGGACGAAAAACCGUAGGUCCCGUCUCACAGCACUUACACUUAUCUGGUUCUUGUGGGACGUAAAAGAACCCACACCACUUUUCGAAAAGAGUAGGGGACGUAGACCCCAGUGGUGUGGUCAACCUUCACAGAUCACGUCGUUCACAUCAUGGGCUGUGUGGGUACAGUAAGCUCACAAAUGGACUGAGAGCGGCUGCCAGUGGCGCCUUUGUAAGUUGACGUGCGAGCUUACUGUUCACAUGUUAAAAUGUAUUGUAAGAGGGCACGUCUGUUGUCCUCUCAUCCACGACUCUUCAUUUCAUUUCAUAUAUUAAAAAAGCUCAAAAAAUCAGUUCAUGAAAAUUUUCGCAAUUCCGUUGUUUCAUUCUCCAGAACAAACUGUAUCAUUAAACACGGAGUCAGAUGAUACUUCUCCCGUUCGAGGAAAUUAGACGUAUGAGUGGGGCGGGGUUUGCCCAUUUGAUUCAUUUACCCCUUAGACUCGGUUUUGCAAAAUUUUCUUCAAAGUGUUUCAUUACAUUACACGCCUAAAAGUAACGUUUGUCACAUUUUCGAUAUAUGUAAUAAAACAUCGUCGCUCGUGUUUGAUAAAUUAUUUGACUUGCUGUAAGGGCAAGGUAAAGAGAAAAAGGGAAGAUGCAUGGUCCCAAGAGGAAGGGUAAACAAGAAGGGACGGUUGAAUUAACGUUUAUAAUUUUCAAGCUUUUUUUCGGUGGGGAGAGAGGUAUCUUUGGCAAUCCUUUGGUUUUUGUAAUCUGCAGAUAAUCAUCAUUUACGGUUGAAUGAAAUUGUUACAUCAGUAACAAUGCAGUUUAGCAAGUCCGGCAUUCUCCUUGGAUCGUAUUCGUCAAGAUGAUUACUUGACCUUAAACAUAACAAAUCUAUGGAGGUUUUACCCGCACAAGCAAACAGGAAACUAAGUGAUCAUGAGUAAUCAGCUUUAUUGAUCUCUUUCUUUCUUCAGAUUCUGUCUGUGAGCCUUCGUGUUUUGAAGGACAAUACUGUGAUGAAAUUACGGGACAAUGCAUUUGCGAUUCAAACCGUCGCGACGAAGAAUGGUGCCUACGAAGUAUGAUAGUCUUUUGUUUUCUUUCUAUUCAGUAUUGGUGACCUGCAGAUUAGGGUACAAGCGUGGUAUUUAGAAGGAGUUAUGUUAAGUAGCUAAAAUUCUUACAAGGCAUUUGUAUCGCUAACCAGCACAAUGGGAGCGGAACUGGAAAAUGACAAAUGGGAACAAAAGCUAACUCGAACUCUAGCCCUAUCAGUAAUUUUAUUUCAUAUGCUCUGUAUCGUUCCCAUUUUUUUAUUUUCCCGUUCCCCGUUCCCCGUUCCCCAUUCCCCGUUUUAGUAACUUCCCAUUGUGAGGCCUGUGAUUAAACAAUAAGGCAAGUAGUGUAGAAAAAAGACGAAAGAAAUAGCAGACAAGUUAUAAUGUUUCGGCGUCCAUGAGUUUAGGUCCGGAACGUGUUUGGAUAACUCUUAAAUACCAACUGGACCAGAAAACCUCUAAGUUGCGUGACACUACAGAACUAUGGUAUGGUAUAGUAUGGUCUGGUCUGCUCCGGUUGUUUUUCGGUGUGGAGCUAGCAGUGCGGUGUGGUCAGGUAUCAUAUGCCGGGUGUGGCAUUGUAUGGUAUGGUUUCGUAUGUCAUUGAACGGGGGUGCCGCGCAGCUCUUUACGAGGCCUCGCAGCAUUGGCUGUGAAAACAAUGGACAUACAAAUAGAGCAAUGACAGUGGAGCUGCAUGUUAUGGAGAACCACUAACUGAUUGAAUGGCCAAGUCUGUUAUGAUAUAGCGAUACUCAAGCUGACGUCACCUAUUGAUAUUUAAAAUGUUUAUUUAUUUAUUUUAUUAUCAUUCUGCCAUUUAAAUUAAAUAUAUACGUUAAAUUCAUAAAGAAGAGGCAUGGGAGACCAAGGAAGCCAAUAAGGCCAACUAGAAGCUAACUGGUUCUUGAAACAAAAGAUUCGUUUGUUUCAAUGGUUAGAAAUUUGAAUAACAAAAAUAAUGUUUGUAAACAGUGGUGUCUUCUAUACUAAAUCUACUUGUGUAUCUAGUAAGCCCACUGGAAUGUCAACAAAUUCGAGCCCUGGGGAUGGAAAGUGGUGCCAUUGCUAACCAGCAAAUAAGCGCCUCCUCAGAAUGGGACCAUUAUCACGCUGCCAGUAGAGCAAGAUUGAAACUGCCGGUAAUGAAUGUAAUUGAAAAUAUUAAUUAAUUAGUUGAUUAAUAUAAUUAAAUUAAGGUGUUCCGCUAGAUUGUGGUUCUUCGUCUACCAUUGCUGAUAAAACUGGGAUCUUAAAAUGUUGUUGUUGUUGUUGUUGCUGUUUUCAUGUCAUUUGCUGGAAGUUAAGAGGGAUAGGUUAAUUCAACGCUCCAUUCAUCCUAGCCUGCGCCACAGAAGGAAAUAAAGUUCCUUCUGUGGCGUUUCUGGUCGUGUGAUUUUGAAAUUUCACACCGCCUUUGAAAAAUCGCCACAUAGGAAACGCUCACAAUUAAUAAAACGCCGGGGCUUUAUCGAGUAAAUCUGUGUUUACUUCGUUUUAUUAAGGUAAAUAUACUAUACAGCGGUGCCUGGUCAUCUUUACCUCUGGACGAACAUCAGUGGCUUCAGGUUGAUUUCUAUGGUCGUUACACAAGGGUUACAGGUGUCGCCACUCAAGGACGAAACUCAAUAGACCAGUGGGUGACAAAGUACAAACUUUCAUUCAGUGAGGAUGGUGAAGACUUCCAGUAUUACAAGGAACAAGGACAAAUAAAGGUAAAAAAUAAAGAUUGUAGGGAGCUUAAGUAACGACGACGCGCUCAAGUCGGUUUUUAGAUCUUCGCGCGCCGUCGUCUCAGCAUGUCAUGGUGUUGUCAUUGAAAAAUCUGCCGUAAUUCCCUUAUUGUUGCCUUAAAAGAAUAUAUCUAGGCUAUGUUUUUUACUCUUUAGGAAUUUGAUGGAAAUACGGAUAGGGACUCGGUUGUUUACCAUGACCUUAAAUCGCCAGUCUGGACACGCUUAAUCCGUUUUCACGCAGUAACUUGGCAUACACACAUUUCAAUGAGAGUGGAGCUGUAUGGAUACCAUGAAGGUAACUAAGUUGUAUGUUUUUGUUGUUUGUACCAGUUUUGUUUUGUUCGUAAGUAACAAAAAGAGCCAGAGAAGGGUAAGUCCUACCAUCGCGAAAUGCUACUGCUGGCAAUAACAGAGUUUUAGCUGUUUUUGCUUUUAGUAGCAUUUCUAGGACCUGAUGCUUUACUAACCUUUAUAAUAUCAUAGGUGACGAAUUACUCCUUAAUUUUGGCGCGAAAUUUCAGCGUUAAUUUGUAAUUUCACAUGUGAAAUUACAAAAUUGCCAUGGCAACCUAACGUACCUCUCAGUGUCAAGAUGACGACGAAGUUUUAAAAUGUCAUGAAUGAAGAUGCCAGGGCACAAAAAGACGCUUUAGAAAACCUGAACACACGAAAGAGCACAUCAAGAAGGAUUCUAACAGGUAUUUUGUCGAAAAACUCUGAACUUAAGCCAAAUUUAAGCUCCAAACGUUCGAGAGAGUGCAGGAGUUCUCGAUCGAUACGAUCCAGGAUAAACAUGUCAAAAAUCCAAGAUAGCUAACGUAAUUCGUCACCCGUGAUAUUAGUAUAGGUAAUCACAUGAUUUCGAGUGCAAUUUGGAAUAAAUAAGCACGAGUAAAUUUUUCAAAGACCAACAAAAGUGCACGAGCCCGUAGGGCGAGUGCACUUUGUGGUCUUUGAAAAAUUUACAAGUGCUUAUUUAUUCCAAAUUGCACGAGAAAAAUUAUGUGAUUACUUAUUAAUAAUACACACGAAAAACAUAACUACAACAAAACAUUUUGACAGCGCGCGCAUUUUUAGUUCAUUCAACUGAUUGGCUGAAACAGACUACUACAGACCAACGCUUUGAAAAUCAUUCAGCUAAUAACUUGGAAAUGUGCAAGGAUUUUUUAUAUGGUCACCAGCCUGUUAAAGAUAACUUGGUUUACAACAAUCAGCAAAAGUAAGUGUUUUUAAAUUCAUCCUCGAUUAUGAGAGCUCGGCGUUUACAAGAAGCGUUUUCAAGAAGUAUACUGCCGUUUUAAAAUCAGAAGAACGCUUCAAGCAGCCAAAGAUGAAAGACACUUGCUAAAGUCUUUUAAUGACUGUUUAUCAUUGUCUGUUCCUGAGACCCCAUCAUAGCUGGAUUCUUGGACAAAUUUUUGAGAUUUAAAAACCGAAAAUGAAGGAGGCAAUUUGUUUUCCUUCGACGCUGCCAUCGAUGGGUGAGGGGAGCCACAGUUGUUGUGACGUCGGAAACUGCCAGUAUUAAUAUAAUAUUUGCUUUUUCUCAGCGCUGGAGUUUUCAUUUUAUUUGGCCCACUGCAAGAGUCAUCGUAGCUCUUCUUUCGUCGGCUUCAUCCUGGUCGUUAAGGAAAUUUAUACCUCUGCGGCCUGUGACACUGACGAUAUGUUCUGAACUUACAAACUUUGCUUUCUUCAGCUUUCUGACUGUUGUUUUUCUUGCACAAUGAUUCGUAAACUUUUUUCUCACUUUCUUUAAGGCUAGCACCAGCUACGGAUACUUUCAUUAUGUGAGUUGUGGUAUUUUUCGCCCAUUGCUUUAGUUUGGACCAGAUGUUUAAAUUUUCGGUUUCGUUUGCUACUGAGGUAGAAAAAAACAGACCAUCGCAUGGAUGUUUUAAUAGAGGUCUUCGCUCCACAAAAGACUCAAAGAGAGCAACAAAUAACGUGUAUGACUUGAAAUCCCUGUUGUUAUCAUGGAAUUGUAUCCUUGUUCAUUUAAAUGCCUGAAGAGUGUAGCUGUCAUGGUUUGCGUGUGGUUGCAACCAUUUUUGUUCUUUAUUUUUUUACUUUAGCGUAGUCUGUUAUAAGUAGCUUGUUUUUUUCUUUCUCUGGCUCAUUUUCCUCGAUUUUGUUGACAGUAUUUUUCUCAUAGCAGCGCAUUUUCAAUGCAUUUAGCCAGAAAGACGUACUUUUUACUGUGUUCGGGUUUUUGGAAUAUUUUUUUAACUUUUCUAUUGUUGUUUUGCUUACAAAAUCAAAUCCCGUCGUCGUCUGCUGAAAACCAUGGCCAUUUUCUUGAAUUUUUGUUGUUAAAACAGCUCUAAUCUGAUUGGUUCUUGUUGGUUUCUUUUGUGUUUUCAGCCAAUCAGAAAGCAUUUGUAUUUUGCACUCGUGUUACAAGUUUGCACUCGUGUUACACAUUUUGCACUCGUGUUACAGAUGAGCUGCACUCCUUUCUCAGCCAAUCAGAAUUGAGUAAUUUUUUCGUGUAUAUUUUUAAUAGGUAAUCAAAUGGUAUACUUGUGAAAUUAGGGAAUACUUUCACUUGCGUUUUGUACAAAUCCUAAUAAGGAUUUGGACAAACCGCGCGUGAGUGAAAUUAGGGAAUACUUUCACUUGCGUUUUGUCCAAAUCCUAAUAAGGAUUUGGACAAAACGCGCGUGAAAUUAUUCCCUAAUUUCACUCGUCACCAUUUGGUUACACACUAAUUUUAGAAACGUUUCAAUCUAAAUUGGUCGAUUAAGAAUACAACAUUUGAAUUACAGUAAAACAAAACGAAACGACCCUCAGUAACACUGUCCUGACUUACCAUCCGAUGUUUCAAUUGCAUUAAAAUAUAAUUUGUUGAGAACUCCCGCGCACUUUUUCGACCAAUCUUUCUUGGGCACCAGAGGCUUUUAUCGCGUGCGGCGGGAGAUUUCGGGUAAUCUGCAGGUGGAAGCCACGACCUAAACCGUAAACCGAGCAUGCGCAUAAGCAUACCCAGCUCAUCCCAAACCAAACCUGACUUGCUCAUGGCGCUUUUCCAUCAAGAAUUGUUUUGAUUGAUUAUACCUUUCAACUACCUUCAGGGUGUAUUGACGCUCUCGGAAUGCUAAACUACAAAAUUUCCAAUGAACAAAUCACUGCUUCAUCAGAAUACGAUGGGAACCAUGCGGCCUUUCAAGGCAGGUUACACUUUAAAGGAGCUCCGCAUUUAUCAGCAUCUUGGAGCGCUCGCACAAGUGACGUUAACCAGUGGCUUCAGGUUGAUGUUGGUAGUGAUUACGCUAUGGUAACGCGAGUUGCAACACAAGGCAGGGACAGUGCCCAGCAGUCGAGUCAAUGGGUCACAAAGUACUCGCUGCAGUUUAGUUGCGACAGUGUGAAUUUUCAGGACUACAAAAAACAAAGGCAAACCAACGUAAGUAAGCACACUUUCAGCCAACUUCCACCAAGAGGGAUAACAUGAGGACUAAUAUUAGGUGCUCUUCUUACAGAGGUCCCCCCGAAACAGAGUGUCAAAGAAAAGGACUAGAAAACUGAGUUAAACCAAAUCUUGGUGUUCGCUUAACCGUUCCUAUCCUAGAGCAAGUUAUGGCAGGAUUAAUUAACUCUAUUGACGAAAUCCUAUGGUGUUACCAUUCAAAUGAAACCUUUCCGGCAGAACUUUUGCAUAGCGCUAAGUAUUUCUUAGGAUUAUUUCGACAAAAGUUUACUUUCUUGAUUUUGUUUGGCCACUAUUUUUGGUGAAAGGGUUAAGAAGGCUUUUAAUUAAUAGAAUAGAGGCGUCCGUUAAGAAAAAGUCUGCUGAUUUGAGUCGUCGCGCCAAGUCUACUAUGUGGAUCUGUAAUGGGAGAUCCCUAUCGCUCUUUAACCUCUGGGAAACGGCGCAAAAUUCUGGUCAUAUCAACAAGAUACCGUCAUGUCAUUCUAAACCCUUCUUGAAUACGACAUGACAACAGUUUUGUCUAUCAACCCGCUGGACUAUGGGUAGUGGCUUAAUAUUUUGUGCGCUGGACUCUUGAUCGAGGAGUUGGGGGUUCGAUCCCUGGCCAGGGUCAUUGUAUUGUAUAUUUGAGAAGACACUUCACUUGGAAAAUGGUUUUAUUUCACCGAUAAAUGAGUACCGGCAAAUUUAAUGCCGGAGGUAACCCUGCGAUAGUGCCGUCAAGAUCCUGUGUGGGGAGGAGUAGGAAUACUCCUAGUCGCUUCAUGCUAUGGACACAUUGAUAAGCCCGGCCUGACCGACGACUUGGCUUUAAUGCAGACCUUACCUACGUACGAAACACAAACCUACCGUGGGGAACACAAAGUGACCUCUUUGUAAUUAUGUGCCUUUUAAAAAGCAUUCUUAAACGAAACGCUCCAUUUCAUUACCCCUUUUAGCGGUGAAUCUUAGCCAUAUUUUAAGAGAUAAAGGGAGAUAACAGGCUUCUGUGUAUCACAAUUAACCUACCCGGGUACCUAAUCUUCUAGGUAGGUUGCAAAUUCCCACAUGACACACCCUAUUUUCGGUCUUAGGAAUUUGCUGGAAACACAGACGGCGACACGGUUGUUACCCAUGAACUUCUCCCAGAAAUCAGGGCCCGUUAUAUUCGUUUUCUUCCAACUGCUUGGAAUAAUCACAUUUCAAUGAGAGUGGAGCUCUACGGGUUUUUACAAGGUAUUUUGCAACGUUAGAUAGAAUAAGUCAUUAUGUCUUUGAACCAUCCACCUGUCUAAUAGAAAUGCCCGUUUAAAUGGUUUAACCACAUUAACAACAGUAUUAGUUCAGUAUUAGUGAACCUGAUUUUUAACAUGUAUUCUACUGACCCGCGUUUCCCUUAAUGGCAGCUUUGUCCACUUUUAAUCAUUGGUUAAUGUUUCGGCUAAAAACUACAAUCAUCGUCAAAAGUGUUGGGAAGGCUCCUGUUGAGCAAAACGUUACUGUUUGUGCGCGUAAUUGUUCUGUCAUAUCCCAACAUUAAAAUGGACUACUGUUAAGUUUUGCAACCUUCCCAACUACAUUUGUCUGGGAUUGAAGGCUAUACGCAUGAGUACAUGAAAUGGACAAUCGACCGACAGCAGUCCGUCCUUUCCAGUGGCAAUGAACUUGGUAUAUUCAGCAGAUGGGCUGUUAUAAAUGCAAGGAAUGUUACACCAAGCAAAUUUGUUGGCGAAGUUUUCACGUUUUACAAGUUUCUAACCAAUUAAUGAGCUUCUACUUUUAUUGGGUUGUUUGUUGACAGUUGCACCUUUCCAUUAUUUUAUUUUUAGGCCUUUCAGCAAUUGACAGUAUCAAAAAAUCUGCCGCAUUCCAUUGGACAAUGGAUAAUCACGAAGAUAUUAAGAACCUUAUGAGUUUUGACUGGGGUCACGCCGCAAACGGCUCGAGCACCAUCAGAGGCAUAAGAGGCAAGGCAGUAUAUGUUGGAUAUGGAGCAUGUGGCGCGUUCACACUGAGCGAAAAUCUCCUUAAAAGUUGCGUUCUCGAUGCUUCUUUAUGUAACAGUGGGUUCACAUUGAUGCUGUGGCUGUGGUACAAAAUUAAGGAUUCAGGCGAGGGACAAGUGUUUCUCACAUCCAGUGGAAAUAACCGAACAGGUCAUAGAAUGUACCAAGUUAACAGUGACAGUCCUCAGGUAUGGCCGCUCAUGACUUUUUUUUAACAAAACCGAAUUAUAAAAACACAGGGCUCAGACUUUUUCGGUAGUUUUUUUGUAGAUGUGGCUAGAAACUUUGGUUACGAUCGUCUGCCGAUUUGGCACAUAGUGUCGACUUUAAUAUCGCGUUUCUUUAUCAUAAUUCUUACAUAUAAAAAAAAUGCUAAGUUUUUACACUCUCUUUUAAGACAUUCAAAAUCGCUGCCAUCUUGGCAACUAUAGUACAUGAUGUCACAGCACACUAACUGCACCACAACCAAUAACAUUGACGUUCCGCAUCCCAAAUAUAGCGCCCUUUAAUUGUAUUGAUCAUUACAAGAAAACACGACAUCACAAAUUUCUUGAAUUUGACCAAAAUGUUAAAAGACAUAGGUAACAGUGUUUUAUUAUCUCUUCUAGGUGGCGUUUGAAGUCACUAGUACCAACAAAAAAUGCGUCGUUACAUUUCCGACACCAAAAGAAGUAUGGACACAUUACGUACUGACGUACAAAACCUUUGACAGCCUGAAUAGCAUAGAAGUGUUUAUAAAUGGAGAAGAGGUGAUGAAGUUCACUUCUAAGGAGUGUUACGAUGGUAAUUUUGACCAGGAUAAUUUUACGAGAAUUUCCAUCGGAGAGGACGAUUCAGGUAGAGGACUUCCUGUGGCAGCUUUUGACGACAUAGUUAUCUGGUACAGAUCUGUAACCCAAGAGGAAAUAAGCGAUAUUUACAUUUACUAUAAAGGUAAUUCGUUUGUCGUAGGCCUCUAAUUUUACUGAAAUUCAAAGGACAUUCAAAAUUGUGUUCUCUUAUGGAGUGUUUUAUAUCUUUGGUUAUAUUGAAGAUGAGACGAACUUUCUUUCCGUGGAAGUUUUUUAAUAGUAACAUCUCUUCUUCCCCACUGUAGUAGUACCAACUUAACUUGCCUUAUAUCCUUCCUCAGGGAGUCCUUGCUUUGUCUAUGACAGCUUAGUAUCCAACUUUUUGCAGGUGAUUCGAACUUGCAGCUUCACGUAAGCGUUGGUUUUACCGGUGUCCCCUGGAAAGAAGACAUGCUGGACAGGGAAUCACAUGCUUUCACGUCUUUCACAGAAAAAUUAUCAAAUAAUGUAAGAGUUUCAUGUUGCAUUUUAUUUAUGAGCUACCAUUCGAUCAUAAUAAUAAUACUAAUAAUAAUAAUAAUAAGAAUAAGAAUAACACAGUUCAUACUAUACUACUCAUAUAAGAUUUUUCUUUGUAUUCUUCUGCAGCUUAAAAACAUCGCAAAUGGAAGCGUCGGUGAAGUGGUUGUUCAUAAAUAUUGGUAGGUCUAUGGAAACCAUUUAACAUCAUACUGAAAUCGCUUAUUCCGUGAGAGACGGAUAAGAUAGCAAAGAUUCAUUGCAACAUAAGCAAUAUUUCGUAAAGAAAAUUGUUGAAUUUUUGGUCUGUAUAUUCAGUUAAAAAUUUCACUCAUCACGAACUUUUGGGGUAUUUUUAGGCCGGAAGCAAAUGGUUUCAUUGGCUGCGAGUUUACCGUUAAAUUUAUAGAGGCAGGAUACACUGCGGUCGAACCUGUUAUAAACGGGCUGGAAACAAGCUCAUAUCAAGUUCACAAUCUUGAAGCGAAUGACAGUAAGUUCAAUUCGUCUGUUAUAACUCUAUUAAGUUAUAUUUGCGCGACUCAAGAAAAAAUGUUCAUCGAUUAUUUUGAGAUACGAAAAGCGUUCCAACAGCAAAGAUUGUAAGCAAACUAAACGUUAACAAAGUGAAAGUUUACUGGUUUUUGAAAUCCAAAAAUACAAGAAAUUAAAAAAUGGCAAACACUUACGAAAGUGCAACUACAGUAAGUAAAAAAUGUUAUGGUGAUUAAGCACCUAAUAUUUCGAUUUAUGUUAGUAAAUCGAAUUGAAAUACAACUGUUUUUAAGAAGUGUAAAUGAAUUCUUUUACAUUUUGCCUUAAGUGCCUGUAUUUUCUUUUCUUCUUUUUUAGUAUACAUAAUGGCAGUUAGCCUCCAGGCUCCAAACGCCUCUAAAGAACACUCAAUUGAACUUACCGUCACCUGGAUUGGACCACAUGAGUUGCGACAUGGCGUGUUUCAAGGUUUUCAGAUAUUUUACAGAGAUACUAAACGUGGAAUAGACUAUAAUGUGACUGCGAGAAUGAAUGUCUCAUUUUACGAGAUACAGAAUCUGACGGCUUACACAGAGUAUAGGAUUACAGCUAGAACGUUUACUCUGGAAGGUGAAGGAAGAAUGAGCGUUCCUAUUUUCAGAUGGACAGCUGCGCUUGGUAAUUUUGAUUAAUAAUUAUUGAAUGGGGCUAAGCAUGAUGUGAAGAAUUGUGAAGAUCGAGGAGGGUGUUAUCCACCGAGGACUCUUUUUCUUCUUCUCAUAGCUGCGAGCUCUUCGCCAUGUUCUUGAAGUUCUGUACUCAUGCACGCCGCUGUCUUGGGUGACGUCACUCGUGGAGAAUUUGUAAUAUAAAAUCAUUGACGUCUGAGUGACUUACGUCAAUAAUUGUAUACCAUAAUUAUUUUCCAAAUUUGUUCAUAGCGAGCUGGUUAUGAAGAAUUAGCUGGAGAAUCAAAGCCAAUCGAAAAGGCGAAAUAUUUCGAAUGAAUAACACUAUAAAUUAAGAUGACUAAAGAGUCUUAAUCACUCUCUGGCCUGCCUCAAACGGAAGGACUUUUAAUUUGACUGAUAUCUUGUAAUUGCUUUUAAGCCCCUACCACGGUUCCUACGUCCAUCACUGCAUGUAACACGAGCUCAACAAGUCUUCGUGUCUCUUGGAACAAAAUCCCUGCGGAACAAGUUGUUGGAAAGAUAAAGGGAUACAUUGUGCUGUACUUUGCUGUCGAGGAUGGUAAUGACACUACAGCGAAUGUCACCUUGGAGAAUGAAAGCGUUAACCAGACAAUCCUGACUGGUCUUCGCAAGUAUACACAGUACAGCAUUCAAAUACUGGGUUUUACAGAGAGAGACAAGAUGGGCCCGAUUAGCAGUCCCGUUUUCGCUAGGACAGACCAAGAUGGUGAGAAUUAGUUAACCUUUGUUCUUCUUAAAUCAUGGUAGCUCUGUGUCAAUUCGGGUUUCUGGGAGCAGAAGUUACUUAGGAGAAAUCUACUAUAAGUAAUCGCCGAAUAAACACUUUACUCGUGAAUCUAUUUAUUUUUUUCUUGAAUAGUUCCAAGUCUUCCACCGACAAACGUGACCGCUUAUAGCACUGGCUCAACCAGUAUUCUUGUUCUUUGGGGCCCAGUUCCCAAAGACGGAAGGCACGGAAUUGUUGGUUACAAAGUUUCUUACAAAAAGGAAAAUGAACCUAACAACUGGAGGAACGCGUCUUGCUCCCAAAUAUCAUGGUGUGAAAUAAAUGAUCUUGAUUAUGGCAUUUGGUACAGCAUUCGUGUGGCUGGAUUUACUGUCAAAGGAUAUGGACCCAGUACCCAAGUAGAAGCAAAAACUUUCAGGGGUGGUAAGUUGCUUACAGACAUAAUCAUGGUUUUUGGGAUCGUAAUUUAUUACUGUUUGGAAAAAAGAGAAAUCAAACAUCAGAAAGCUUAGAAAAAACCUGAGCUAUAAGUAAGACCUGGUCAGUUCUGUUUAGUCUGUUCAGCUGAUUUGGACAUACUUUGUAGCUGUUCAUUCUCCCAGAACGUCAAUUUUUCUAGUUUUCUGUUUAUGCACAAGAUUUCCACCCGGAUGGUUUGUGAAAAUGGUGAGCAUCUUAAACUCACUACCCUCGAGUUUGAGAUCGGACGCUUUAACUACUGAGCUACUGAAGGCUGUAAGGAGAACAGGGUUGAAAUUUGAUAAUAAUUACACUAGCCAUAGAGGACUUUGGUACUCUAUCUAAUGUCAUUGGUACGCCUGUGCUUGGCUGGUACCCAGAUGCUUCGUGCUUAAGAAACCGGGAAAGUGGGACUUUCUUAUAAGUUUUAUUACUUUUGCAUUAGUAUAUUGAAACCCUAACAACAUAGCUACUGUUACAGUGCCAGGUCCGCCAACAAAUGUUCAAGCCUACAACACUAGCUCCACUAGUCUAAACAUCACAUGGGUUCACGUGCUUCCAAAUGAAAGAUAUGAAGAUGUAAUUGCCUACAAAAUCAUCCUUAAAUCCGUGAAUGAUCCAACUGAAGUGCCAGUGGUAUUACAGAGAAUGAAAGCAGCUUGUGAGGGCAGUAAUGACUUGUACUCGCAUGAAACUCAUCUAAACAUGUUCACGCCUUACGAAAUCACCGUGGCGAGUGUAGUGCACACAGGGAUUGGAAAUUUCACUGAAAAGAUAACUGUUUUGACUGACGAAGACGGUGAGUAUCUUUAUACAGGGGCAGGGUACCCCUGCACCCUCCUCUUACCCCAGACACCUGCCUUACAACAGAUACCCUUUCUCCAAUUCAAUUCUGAGGUACACCUAGAGUAGGGUACGGGCGGACGUUCCUGUUUUUGUCCCCAAGCCACGAUUAUGUUGACAGUAUCUCCACAAUACUGAUAACUAUUGCGAACAGGUAUAUUAGAUCAAUGUUUGUAUAGGUAAUGGCAUGAUUUGUAGUGAUGUUUGGCAUAAAUACCUCGAGUGAUUUUGAAAUAUCACAAGUGGUAUUUAUGCCAAAUAUCUCGUACAAAUCAUGUUAUUAUUUGUUUAUACCACUACCCACGAAAGGUUUAUAAUUUUCACAUGUAGGUAUUUCAAAUGAAGCUGAAAUACCACUGCUCUAAGCCAAUCAGAUUGCAGAAAUUUCUCAUAUAAUAGUGUAAGUGGUUGAAUACAAAAACUACAGUUAACUCUGUGUUUUCGGAUGGCUCCCUUAAAUGUUGAUCCUUGUCUUCGGUGACUAAAUUAAUUUCCGCUUAGUGAGGAGUUCGCCUAGUCAUGGCUGUCUAGAAGGCGGGAACGCUGCUAAAACGAAAAGACAUUUAGUGCAGGUAUGAUCCCAGCGGCGACUGAUUGAAUCCUAGAGACGGUUAAUUGCACAUAACCUUUCCUUUUAAAUUUUGUCAUAGCACCUGAAGGGAGCCCACAAAACAUCACCCCAGCGGCUACAUCCGCCACAAGUGUAACACUCGCUUGGGAACAGCUAACCAAUAACGUCGCUAAUGGUCUCAUUCUGGGAUACCACAUUUUCCUGUUUGACAAACUCAGAAACGUGAGUCGUAACCUUACAGUGGAGUCGCUAGAUGAGGCACGCAUAGAAGAUCUAUUUCCCUACACGGACUAUGAAGCUCGCAUUGUACCAUUCAACAGCAAGGGUGAAGGAAACGCUAGUGAAGUUAUUCCCAUCAAGACUAAAGAAGCUGGUAAGGUUUUCAGCUCCACAUGAUCAUAGAGAUCUUUAGAUUCGAGGACGAGGACCCGUAGACCAGUAGACCCGUAGCAGAAUGACGAUGGCCAUCACGUUUUCCCGCCAAAAUGAAGCCGGUUCACGCGCGCGCACCCCUUGUAUAUACGUAGUCGUCCACGUCAUACAAUUAACGGUCUCUAAUGAGCAAAACAACAACGUUUUUCUUCGUUUUGUCGUUUGAUAGCGACGCUCUUGGGAAUACGCCACGGAGGCCACUACUCAAGCCUCACAGCUCGCCUCACGGGAUAGUGAUUUUAAGAAGCUCUUAAAAUAUACCUCUCUCCGUUUUGAGGGGUAAAGCAAAAACAAUACGCUGAGCAGAAAGUUGACAUUGUCAACCGUGAUGAUUAAUCAUGCCGGUUAUAGUGUUGUCAUUUUUAAUUUGAGCCUUCUUGGACUCUUGCGAUAGAUUUAUUUUAAAAGUUGAUUACUUGUGAUCAUGUUUAUAGAACUUACAGUUUACCGACUCUUAAACGAUGAACCUUAGGACUAUUAGUUUCGUUUCAGCUCCCAGCCGUCCGCCCUCAAAUUUAACAGGGCAGGCCCCUAGCUCAUCAUCUCUGACAUUGGCAUGGAAACCAGUUGACGCACAGCACAUAAAUGGUAUACUACGUGCCUACGUCGUCAAUUACUGGAUUACACUUUUUCCUGACACCACACGUGAAAAUGUCACGAUACCAGUCACCAGUGGUCGCACCAAAAGAGCUCUUAGCGAUUCCUCUUCGCCAAGCUUUGAGCUUAGCGGAUUGAAAAAGUAUACAGAGUACACCAUUCAAGUGAUUGCUUUCACCGUCGACUACGGAGUACCGAGCCAUGAGGUCAAUCUGACCACUGGGCAGGAUGGUAUGUAUGGAAUAACUAUUUUAUCACGCUAUGUAGACUGCAGUACUUUAGUCAUCUUAGAUUUUAUUAAAAAUUGGCUCUUAGGUGUAAUUAGUUGACGUUCGAAAGGUUUUGGUAUUAUCGUUUGUCCCACGCGUACAAUAGUCACUUAGACAUUGAUCGCGAUACUUCGACCACAUACUGCAGGUCUUCAUCGGGCGAUAGUGUCGAUAUCGUAAAAAAAUCAUGUUUUUUUCGAGCCCGGCACAUACUGUAACAUGAUAUUAUCUUAUAAUGUGGAACAGAGAAGCACAAUAUUGUAUAUAAGUUAUUUCACAGAAAAUAAUUAUAAAGGUCAUGAGUACCUUUCUCAUCAUUUCUUCUUUUUCAGUCCCAAGUAACUCGCCAAGAAAUAUCACCGCCUUCAACACCAGUUCUACAAGCAUUAAUGUCACAUGGCAACCAAUCCCUAACGAUCACGUGAAUGGAAUACUACUGGGUUAUCGUGUCCUCUACAAGAAGAAAAACAGUCCGAUGGAUGCCUUUCAAAAUAUAACAGUAAAUUCAACGUAUCUUGAUGCAGAAAUUACUAGCCUUGAGGUUUAUACAGAGUACGAGUUGAGGAUCGUUGGAUUCACGAUAAUUGGGGAUGGGAAUGUUUCAGACCCUGUUUUCUGCUUCACGGAUGAGAUUGGUAAUAAUGUUUUCGUUCUCUCAUUACGUAGCCUGAGAAAACAGCCGACACUGCGCGACGCCACCAACGGUUUCUCCGCGAAAUGACGUCAGAGAAACAAGCGCAGAAAUUCCAUACUGAUCAUGAUGACGCGUCACUACCUUGAUGUAAGUAGUGCUUCUGAUUGGUUUAAGCACAUUUCACGAGCUGCACGACCAAUCAGAAGCACCACCCAAAUCUGAGUCGGUCGUUUCUCAGACGUCAUUUCGCAUGGAAACCAAGGAAGGCGUCGCGAAAUAUCGCCUGUUUUCUCAGGCUACUCAUUACGAGGACUGGAAUAGACCAGUAAAGAAUAGUUUGGAUCCUAGCCUACCCUGAAAAAACCCUAUGGAAAGGCAUCGCCCAUUGGAGUCCCUUGAUUAAUGAUUAUCAACAGCUUUCCACUGCUUGAAUCUUAGGUGUAGAUUAGGCUCGCACAUGGGUAAUACCCACGUGACAUCAUAUUGAACCAAACCUCACAAAGUAAGACCUGACGUUUCACUGACAGGUUAGCCUGCGCCUCAAACGUACUCUAACCCCGGUUAGUAACGUCUGCGACGCAGCGCUCAUAUCCUUGUUUUAGGCCUCCGACGGACUCAACGAAUUACUGGAAAUGCGUUUUGAAUUUCACUUCAACCUUAUUGGCAAAUGGGCCAAUCACGAUGAGUACUCAAAUUUUGGCACACAUGUGGGUACUCAGUGCAAGGAUUUCGGUGCUGUUUGGCAGACGAACGUAGCUAGAAGUUUAGUUCCAUCCGCGGCAAAAGCUACUGACCGGUUGGUCAGUCAAAGUACAGUAAAACACUGAGUAAAACAAAGAAGGAAACUAAAGGAAUAACUUGUUAGUUGAAAUCCCAGGGCAAGGAAAAAGGAAUUUAUGUUUUACUUCUCAGAGAGCGUGUCUACUGAAAUUUAAUAAGAAAUGCCUCGUUAAAAACGUAACUGUGACAAGAGUAACCUCAAAGCCAUUCACUCUUCGUUCUUUUUAUUCAGUUCCGGACAGCGCCCCCUUAAAUGUGACCUCACUUCCUGCCAACACUACAGCCUUGACAGUAAAAUGGUUUCCUGUCAUUGAAGAGGACAGAAAUGGUGUCAUACUGGGUUACAGGGUCGCCCUAAGUAACAUCACAGGGGAAUUCAUGAGAAACGUAAGCGUUCAUGGCUCUUCAACAUUAAGUUUCACUUUAGGCGGACUGGACAUUUGGACAAAUUAUAGUUUAGAGGUUUGUGCCUUUACAGUGAAAGGAAAUGGUCCUUGGAGUGCACCUCUAAUAGGAAUUACAGAUGAAGAAGGUACGUUGUGUCUUUUAAAAUAGCCAGUUAAAGACUGCAAUCAUGGCCAAAAGGUUUUGGGACUCUUCCCUGUAAUUUUUCUCAUUUUUAUGGACGGAAUCUGCAGCUAACCGCCGAUACAAACUCAUAAGCACUGCCUUACCAUGGAAGGUUUUUCACCCUCCCCAGUGUAGGAUAUGUAAAAAGGUGUUUGACUUCAAACACCCAACUCUGUUCUGUGGCGGGGUGGGGGGGGGGGAGGGGAGAUUAGCUUGAUUUGCAUUUCCAAUACGUGAAAGAUAGACAAGGUUCGCCAAACGUUUUGGCCAGGAUUGUAGUUGCCUCCCUUAAAACUUGGUAGAAUAAGUAGACGUUUUGGAUUUUUGCUAGCUACACUGCAUUUGACAUCACUUGCAAUUACUGUAGGUAAGUUGUGCCUCGUGCAUGCUGACUCUAGUUUCUUUCAGAGUCCCAGUCUCUCCGACACUCCUGUACAACUAGCACCGACUACCGUCUGCAGUCAAAUUAUUGUAAAUUCAUUGCGUCAAAAACGCAAUCGCUGUAAAAUCUUGUGGCCACAAAAAAAAAACGUUGUAUGGUUUACAAGGGGUAUCUCUGUGUUGGAGCCUCUUGAGGUUCUGCCCAUCUCAAGACUUUCCUGGAGGUCAGGCUGUGGCGAUGGUCUGACCGAAACGGUAGAUUGGUGAGAAAGUCUGAAGGUUUACAGUCUAGGAUUAACCCUACCCGAUGCCUAGCUCGAUCUUAGUGGUUUAAUCCAUUUGUUUGGGAUAUAGCUUUAAAAAAACUGUUCUUCCCUGCCAUUUUGUUCGCUAAUCCAAAGUUGUAUCAUUAUGCCAGCUCCACGCGUUGCACCGACGAAUGUCACCACGUACAACACCAGUUCCACCAGUCUUCAUGUCACGUGGCAGCCGAUAAACACAGAAGGCUUAAGAGGGAUCCUCAGGGAAUACCGCGUUUAUUUCAUUGAACAGAAAACUUACUUUAUCAAGUCGCUCAGGAAUGUCACGGUGGAUUCAUCGACACUUGAAGUUGACUUAGUGGGUCUAUACAAGUUUACAAAUUAUUCUGUGUAUAUAGUGGCGAGGACAAAUAAAGAUGGUGUAAGCAGUGUUAAAGUAAACGUCUCCACUGAUGAAGAUAGUAAGUGACAGCGUGCAACUGAAAACUUUUGUAUUUUGCAAAACGUUUCUCUUUUAAUUUAUUUGCUAGUGUACUUUGCAUGAAGGCACUGUUCAAAGGUCUUUUUUCUGUUUGCCAUUUUCUACUUGCCAUCAUCUGAACCACAAGGAAGUUUAUCCCGUUUGUGAAAAGCGAGACCCGUAGAAUUGCCUCAGCCUCGGGAAUGCAGUCAGUAAAAUCCAAAGAAUAGCAAGCCAAAAUUCUUGUAGGUUAUCACUCAGAUAUCACACCUUCUUUUUACCACUAAGGACCCGAUGGACCUCCCACCACUAAGGAGGCCCUGCCAGGGUGGGGUGGGGGGGGAGGGCUCCGAUGUCGCCCGUCUGAAUUUUAAAACGUCUUCGUGUCGGUGUUUAUAAAUGCUUGUCGCUGAUUGUCGGCUUUGCCGUCACUGUCGCAAUUUGGCCGAGGGAGAUUGUCUCUUGUCGCGAUUUCAUUUUACGCGCUGUCGCUACUUUUGGGCCAUGUCGCUUGUCGGAAUUUACCCUGGCAGGGCCUUACUAAGGACCUAAUCGACCUCCAGCCGACAUGCGCGGUAAUGAUUUGAUUUUCUUUUAUACCAGCUUAUACCACUAAGGACCCGAUCGACCCCCUGCUGACAUGCGUAGUAAUAAUUUUACUUUCUUUUACCACUAGGACCCGAUCGACCUCCCGCCGACAUGCAGGUCUUUUCACCACAUUCCACAUCACUUUAUGUAAGCUGGAAUGAGGUGCCCGAUGCUUACAAAAAUGGCAUUAUAAGAGGAUACAAAGUUUUCUACAUAGAGGUGAAAAAUGGCUCCAGUGUUACUGAAAACCUCCCUCCCGGACAGCGAUGGCUCCGAAUUGAUGGAUUAAGAAAAUAUACUUUAUACAAUGUCACGGUGUUAGCUUACACAAUAAAAGGAGACGGAGUUGUUACAAGUAAAGAACUUAAGACGGAUCAAGAUGGUAUGUCUGCUUCCUUGGAGACUCAUUAAAAUGUAUUUUUCUCUAGGACCCGUUCAACUCGGAUCAUUCAUCGGCGACAAGUUAAUGUCAGCCCAUUAAAAUGUGCAGUCUCUGCGUUCGACGUAGAAGAAUGCAAUUGCAUUAUGCCACAUUAGAAGCGAGAAGGAACUGUGCCGAGUUAACGUUCGUAAAGACUUCUGGGACUGUUAAUAGGCCAAUAGCUGACUUCAGCGGCUCGUCCCCGGCAACAAUCCUAUAAGUCUUUGCGAUAGUUCACUCGGGCCAGUUUCUUUCUUGUUGUAUUGGAGAAGAGGUGAACAGGUCGAGGGACACUCUGCAAAUUUUACACUCGCGAAUGUCAUCAUCACGACAGAGAGAGAGAACCUGAAAUCGAGAGUGGUCGAACGCACUCUGUAAUCUUUAAUAUUACUUAAUUUUAGAUUUAUUUUCCCUAUGGUGAUUUAAUAUUAUCUGUGAUGACAAACGCCCGAACAAUGUGGAUUCGAGACUACUUGGUUCUCGCGUUUAAGUUUCUUCAUUAGCAGUUAACCUGGGUGAGAUUUCUCUCCUUCAACUUGGCUGACGGCCCAAAUUAAAUCUCUUAAAAAACUAAUUUUACACCGGUGAUAAUUCACCGCCAGCCCAGUGACAGAGUUUCUUUGAAACUAACCCCUUCACCCAAAUUUCAUAACCCUUUGGGCUCUUGAACAUGGUCUAUCCGCUACAGUUAUAGAAGGGCCCUAAUUCUGUAUGUAUUCUAAAAAUAACGAAGCUCUGUUCAAGCAGUGAAUGUUUACUUUGCGUUGAAAUUCCUAACUUUAUUCUUAAAACUAGUAAAUAUUUGCAGUUCCAGAUGUACCCCCGCUCAACGUACAAGCUGACAGUACUUGGACAACCUAUUCAAUUCCCCUGAGGUGGACCCGCAUCCCUUCAUACCUACUGAACGGAAUACUUACCGGUUAUAGAAUACGAUAUCAAGCUAUAGAAAUGGGCCAAUUGCCCUACGAAGAGAACCCCAGGGAAGUGAUUGUACCCGCAGAAAGUGUAUCUACCGUACUGACCGGACUAGAGAGCUUUGCUGUGUACCGUAUUGAAUUGACCGGGCUGACAGUAAAGGGAGAUGGUCCAAGUGAAGUCAUUACAGCAGGUAAUCAGUGUCUGGCCAGUAUUAACAAUCGCAGGUUAUCAAUGGUGGGUUAAGGGGAGGGGUCGGAGAACGGGGACCCCAGGUAGUUGAGGUAACCCGCUUAGAUGGGGUAACCCGCCUGUUCAUAUAAUCUCUCAUUUUAAAUUGAUCGCUGUUCGUUUUUAAAUAAAUGUUAUAGGUUUGUCUUGAACGUUCAGUUGUUUCUCAAAAAAGAAAUAAGCGCCUUGUCCCGAUUAAGCGCCCUAUCUCGAAUAAGCGCCCUGGGCGCUAAAUCGAAUCAUUACGGUACUUGCAUUUUUUCUUCCGAACCACCUGCGUCACUGACUGAUAAAUCAUCUCUCUGAUCAUGGUCCCCUUGACAAGCUAUUUUUCUAAUAAUUAUUUUCAUAGAGACAUGUCGAUGUGUGAAGCGCCUUACAGCAAACUGGAUGUUACUCGCCCCUUACGUUACCAAGCCGAAUGGCAACCAAACAGAUAAUGUCCCAGGUGGUCUGGUGUCACCAUUCGUUAAUGAAAUGGCAGUAACUUGCUGUCAGUAUUGCAAGACACACGGGGAGUCUUACAUCGACUACGAGCUCAACGGCAUGGGCGAGGCAUCCCUUAAAAAAUCUGAAGACGUUUUCCGUAGGUGUGUGUGCAUAAUAAUAAUAAUAAUAAUAAUAAUAAUUUAAUAUUUAUAUUGCGCAAAAUACAUGUAAUUAUGAUCAAUUGCGCAUUACAUGGAAGCAAAUUAUCGACAUUUACAAGUUAUCCAAAAUAACUAAAAAUAUUAUAUAAAAAACAAUGGAUCUAUAAAAAUAUAAUAUAUACAUAAUCCUAAAAAAUCCUAAUAAAAAGCUAAUCUAAAAAAAUGAGUCUUAUUUUUAAACCUAAAAAAUUGUUUUUCGUAUUUGUGAUGGUAAUACUUCCAGUAUUUAUUAACCUAAAAAAGCACGGUCACCCAAUGUCCUUUUAGUUAAAGUUCUGGGCGUUUGAAGCAUGAUUUCCAUUGCACACGAUCUUAAAUUGUAUCUCUUUUCCUCCCUUUUGCUGACGAGUUGCAUACGUAUAACUUGUGAUCACGCUUAUUGACACGGUCUUCCCUUGCUUUCUAAGGUCUUAUAUUUUAGAAUUUAGUUAGUCUUGAGGUAAAAAUCAAUAUGAGUGGUUUUUGGCCUCUGCGUGAUAUUUUUUACACCGUUUUUCCUACCGAUCCUUAUAUGACAUAACUGCAGCUAAACCACAGGCCCAUUGGCUAGUUUCUAAUCUCUUUUGUUACCCUCAAUUCUUUGCACAGGAAUAUCCUUCACUCAAACGACCUCAGCUUUCCUGUGUAUGGUUACAAACUACAAGACAAGUUCAGACACGAGUUUGGCUACUUGGGAAUCGUGGAAUCUCCUGGUAUAGCUUACGUCAUCAACACAAAUUACGGUGCCAAUAUGUCUAUGUCUCUCGUGAAUUCUGUAUUUGCAAGCUGGCCUCUUGCCUUGUUCAGCAUCUUCCUUGCCUACGUAGCUGGAUACGUUAUUUGGAUGGUGGUAAGAUACAUUUGUCUCAACGUAUGAGGGAGCAGGGUAGGGAAGUACCUAGGGUUAAUGUCUCGGGAAAGUUCCUAGGGCAUCAGAUCCUCCCGGCCUCUUGCGUUAUUUAGCAUCUUCCUUGCCUACAGCUGGAUACGUUAUUUGUAUAGUGGUAAGAUAAAAUUGUCUUAACGUAUAAGGGGGGCAGGGAAGGGGAAGUUCCUAGGGUGUGGGGAAGUUCUUAGGGUAUCCAGUGAUAUUUGGAUAGUAGUAAGAUUUAUUUGACUUAUAAGGGGACAGGGUAAGGGAAAUACCUGGGGUGUGGGGGACGUUGUUAUAUCUUAUAUCUAAAUCAUCUUUCGUUUCAGGACCAGACCGGAAAUGACGAACAUUUCCCACGCUCCUUUCUACCCGGAUUAUGGGAGGGAUUUUGGUGGGCGUUCGUUUCCAUGACAACCGUGGGGUGAGUGCGAUGAUCAAUGAAUCUUGGGAUUUCUUUGAUUCCAGGAAGUCAGCUGUAUAUUACUUGUGAUAAGUUUAGUGAUAAGGACUGAAUUAGGGCCUAAAUUUUUAAGUAAAGAAAACACUCAGGAAAAUGAAUAAACUACUGAAAUUCUUCUUUACAUGCUUUGAUUAAUUUAUGACGGAGCAGAAAAUGAAUUCUUUAGAAACAAAAAUAUGCUUCAAUAUAUGAAUAACACCAUUACCAAGGCAUUUCUAGUUGGUUUGAGUAACCAAUCGAAUCGCUCCAUAUAAGGCAAUCCAACACAGUCUUGGAUUGUGGAUUCCACGCCGUGGAUUCCGGAAUCUAGGUUCUUUGUCAUAACUUGGAUUCCGGAUACCUUGAGCUCUAUUCCGGAUUCCAAAGCCCAGGAUUACAGAUUUCACAAACAAAAAUGGAAGGGGACAGACUACAAAUUGCGGUUGUUUGAAGUCUUAACUUUUCAUCAUUUUUUCCUACUUCAAGAAGGUGCGCGAAUAUUAAAAUAGCUUAGAUUGAGUUUUUACCAUUACGCCUAAUUUAAAUUAAUUUCCAACGCGAGCUAUUCUGACAUUUUGCAUCGCAGGUAUGGUGAUAGACUUCCUUUAUCAACCAUUGCUCGGCUUGUAGCCAUUGUUUGGACGUUGACGGGGGUUGUUAUUCUUGGUAUAUUGGUCGGUUCAAUCGCAGUCUCCCUCACUUACCAAACAGUUGGAAUUGAUUACAAACUUUACGGCGCCAAGGUAAAUUUCCGUAUCAUGAUACCUUCGUAUGAUGGGCUUAGAGAACAUUUAUACCCUUCACUGAAAAGAUUCAUGAGAACUCUUUACCGAACGACUUAGGCAGGAGCCGAAUAGUAAUCGAUUAGUAAUCGGCUCCUGACUGUGGGUAUCUUUAUACUAUACCGGUAUCGUUUGCGCCGGCGCGAAAACCAUACUGGCUGGGGAUACUAAUGUUCACAUAAGAACUUCUAAUGUUCGCAUAAGAACCUUGAUAUCGGCGCGAUUUCUGUAACGGACGCGAAGCUGCGCCGCGCCGAUCUCUAAAGUGGAGAAUGACAUAUCAGAUAUAGUAUGAAGAUAGCUAGGUAAGCCUUGUAGUGCGAACAUAGCGUUUAUUGUUCGUAAAAAAUUUACUACUACUACGGCGUUCAAACGAUUUUAUAAGAGUAACCAAUGUGAAAAGGUUCUUGCUCGAAACUGGAGACAAAUUUAAAGGGUGGCCACGUUGGCCACGUUCUGCCUGAAAAGUGCACCCAAAAACAUUGAAUAGAGCAACUUAAAGUGCUACUGAAACGAAAAAUCAAAUUGGCUAUUUUGCACUGAAAACGUUUUAUCAAUCUUAGACAAGAGCCUGUCUUGGAUUAACUCUAAUUGUCAAUAAAAAUGCUUAUUUUCCAUCAAAAGUUGUUGUUUCGGGGCGAAAAGUAAUUAAAUACGUGUUACGGUCACACCCCGUUAAUACGAACACUGAGGGGGUCAUAGAGAGUGUCUAUACUAAACAACCUCGUUCCCCGGGUUCUCUCCUACCCGCUCCUACGGAUAGCAGAGAGAACCUGGAAAGAAGGUUGCGUACGGGUGCCCCGUGCCCGUAUUUAGCGGGUUGAAUUGAGUGAAAAAAGAACGACCGCUGGCGGACUAAGAGAAAAUGUGAGGGUUUUUUCCCCAGGGACAAAGAAAACUGUCCAUAUUAACUAGGUGUCUGUAUUAAGUGGUUGUCCGUAAAGCGGGGUUCGACUGUACUUUGUUCCAUAAAGAAUUAAGAUUGAAUUAAUGAUUGUUCAUUUCAGAUCGCUGCUAUCCAUGGUUCUGCCGAGUAUAACUUAGGUUUGAGAAAGAAUGCUAAGUUUGACAAAGGUACAUAAAGCUUGAUACAUGGACGCUUAACCAGGGAAGAUAAUUUUAGGCUUCCCAUAUAAAGCUACUAUACAUGUUAUAUAGGCCACGCACGUCCAGUGAACUUUAUUGUAAUGUUAUUAUUCUUUCUUUUAAACUCAACAAUUUGCCUGCCUAUCUAAUUAGCCACUUUAGAAACGAGAGGACAACUGGAGCCGAGAUGCGUUCCGCUAUUGUUUCUGGGAUUGUUACUAGAAACGCGCCAGUCAGCCUAUUUGCUAAUUUUUCCGCUGUCCCUAGUAAUAGUCCCUGGAGACUUUUUUUUAAAAUGCGCCCAAAAAAGUCUGUGACUUUUACCGGCAAACUCAGAUUAAAAUCUUUCCUCGUUACCCUUUGCAUGCGUAGGUUAGCAGGCGAAAACGUAGGCUCGAUUACCAGGCGCUGAUCGAGAAGGAACCAAGAUUUACCUAGGUGGCCGGAAAUCAAACCUAGGGAACUCUUUGAUUGCAUCGCACUUUCCUGAUGACAUUUUCAUUUCUCUAGACCAGAUACAUCGCAAUUUCGAGGAAAUCUACGAGUCUCUUUCUUCCAAUGAAAUACAAGGGGUCCUUAUCGACGGGUACAUGGUGGGUGGCAAUAAGCAUCUGUUUGAGAAACCGUUUCUCCGGAUCUACAAGAUCUAUGACUAUUCAAGUGUUUAUGGUGUGGUCACAGGCGGAGACUCGAGAAAGCUUGCAACAUGUUUUCGUAGUUAUAUGCAGGAAAACAUAGCCAGGAUUUAUCAGCACGUUACGGAUAAUGUGGAGGCGAUAGAGGUAAUUUGA